ACUCUUAUAUAUUACUAGUCCAGCUACAAAAAACCUGUUUGAUCAAUUACUUCACCACCAAAACCAAAGCUAGCCAAAAAUGACACAGAAGAUUGAAUCACAUCCUUCAACCAUAACAGCAGCCACCACAGAACCACCACAAACCACCCAAGAACUCCCUAUAACGACCACCACAGCCACCACCACAAAAAAACAUAAACUCACACUCAUCCCUUUAAUUUUCCUCAUAUAUUUUGAAGUAGCUGGUGGUCCAUAUGGUGAAGAACCAGCAGUUAAAGCAGCUGGUCCUUUACUAGCAAUUCUUGGUUUUCUAAUUUUUCCAUUUAUUUGGAGUGUUCCUGAGGCUUUAAUCACUGCUGAACUUUCAACAACUUUUCCUGGUAAUGGUGGUUUUGUUAUAUGGGCUGAUAAAGCUUUUGGUCCCUUUUGGGGUUCUUUAAUGGGAACUUGGAAAUUCUUAACUGGUGUUAUAAAUAUUGCAUCUUUUCCAGUUUUGUGUAUUAGUUAUUUAGAAAAGAUUUUUCCUGUUCUUUCGUCUGGGGUUCCAAGAAAAUUGACAAUUCUUGGAUCAACUCUGUUUUUAUCUUUUGUUAACUAUACUGGUUUAACAAUUGUAGGGUAUGUUGCAGUUGCACUUGGAAUUAUUUCACUUGCACCUUUUAUUAUAAUGUCAUUGAUUGCUAUACCAAAAAUUCAUCCUCAUAGGUGGAUUAGUUUAGGCCAAAAGGGUGUGAAAAAAGAUUGGAAUUUAUUCUUUAAUACCCUUUUUUGGAACUUGAAUUUUUGGGAUAAUGUUAGUACUAUGGCAGGAGAAGUUGACAAUCCAAAAAAGACAUUUCCAGUAGCAUUAUUUUCAUCUGUUAUUUUUACUUGUUUGGGGUAUAUUAUUCCACUUUUGGCUGUGACUGGAGCUGUUUCAGUUGACCAAAAUGAUUGGGACACAGGAUUUAUGGCAAAUGCAGCAGAAAUAAUUUCUGGUAAAUGGUUGAAAUUUUGGAUUGAAAUUGGUGCUGUUUUAUCAGCUAUUGGAUUAUUUGAAGCACAAUUGAGUAGUUCAGCAUUUCAACUUUUGGGUAUGGCUGAAAUAGCAUUUUUGCCUAAGUUUUUUGGGUUAAGAUCUAAAUGGUUUAAUACACCAUGGGUUGGAAUAAUAUUAUCAACAGCAAUUUCAUUGGGAAUGUCUUAUAUGGAUUUUCAAGAUAUUAUUUCUUCAGCCAAUUUCUUGUAUAGUUUGGGUAUGCUUUUGGAAUUUGCAUCAUUUCUUUGGCUAAGGAGGAAAUUUCCAUUGAUUAAAAGACCUUAUAGAGUGCCAAUGAAAUUACCACUUUUGGUAAUUAUGUGCUUAAUUCCAUGUGGUUUUUUGGUAUUUAUUAUGGCUAUAGCAACAAAACUUGUGUAUUUGAUUAGUGGAUUGAUGACUGUAGGAGGGAUUGGUUGGUAUUUUUUGAUGAAUUUUUGUAAGUCAAAGAAGUUGCUUAAGUUCAACAAUAAGGUAGAUGACAUUUAUGAGGAAUAAUUAAUAGGGAAGGCAGUUGUUGUAGUAUGACUUUUCUCUUUCUUUUUCUUUUUUUUUUUUUGCAAGAAAGAAACUUGUGAAGACUUUUGAUAGAUGUGACUUCAUAUUGUAAAAUUGUUACUUUAAUUCUCAAAGAAUUGAAUGCAAGAUGUUCAUUA